UUCAAAUGGGCUCGGCUUUUCCUGUGCCUGUUUAAAACAUUAAAACCGUGUAGCAAGAGAGGCUGCGUGCGCUGGUCCCUCCCUCCCUCCCCCACCCCAGGCCGAGACGUCAUGGGAGGGAGGUAUAAAAUUUCAGCAGAGAGAAAUAGAGAAAGCAGUGUGUGUGCAUGUGUGUGUGUGAGAGAGAGAGAGGGAGGGAGGAGAGGGAGAGAGAAGAAGAGAGGGAAGGAGAGGGCCGAGUGUAGUAGGGGACUGAACCACAGAGAGGCAAGACACCCAGAGGCUUGCCGAGGAAGGAGUACCGGCUGUCCGGAGUCAGCUGUGCGGUGAAUCGGCUUCGAUUUUUUUUUUUUCCUCCCUAACGAGACGCAAGGGACAAGAGCCAUGGCCGAGGGAGAAGACAAGCUAAGAUGCUGGUGACUGUGGGUCCAAGUGGAUUAUCCGAGCUGUCUCCAGGAGGCCUGCCCUCCCUGCUUGCCAGUUGCACAUAAUCCCUCGUCCCAGCCAAUGAAGAGGAGAGGCAGCGUGAACAGAGUCAUUUAGAAAGCCCCCAGGAAGUGUAAACAAAAGAGAAAGCAUGAAUGGAGUGCCCGGCAGACAAGUGUGUCCUGCACUGCCCCCACCUUUAGCGGGGCCUGCGGCUGCCCAGCCCUGCCUCUCCCCACAUACCCACUGGUGAUUUUUUUUUUUUUAAACAAACAUUUUUGUCUUUUCUUUUCCAUUCUCUUUUCUUCUUCUUCUUCUUCUUCAGGGCAAGGCAAAGAUUCUGAUUUUUGGGACCCAGCCAUGGCCCUUCUGCACUUUCUUUAAAAUACCCACUUUCUCCUCAUCGCCAAGCAGCGUUUGGCAAUAUCAGAUAUCCGCUCUAUUUAUUUUUACCUAAGGAAAAACUCCAGCUCUCUUCCCACUCCCAGCUGCCUUCCCACCCCUCCCAACCCUCGGCUUGCCCUCCACCUGGCCUGCUGGGAGUCAGAGCCCAGCAGAACCUGUUUAGACAUAUGGACAAGAAUCCCAGCGCUCCAUCGCACACAGUCCGCUACUUCGUCCCGCUGGGGUUGCCAGCGCUUCCUGGGAGUCCCGAAGCCCUCACAGUGCAGUGAGUUCAUGCACCCUCUUGCCAAGCCUCAGUCUUUGGGAUCUGGGGAGGACGCCUGGUUUUCCUCCCUCUUUCUACUGGGGUCUCCUCCUUGCCAGGCCUCCCCCGCCCCCUGGCCUCGCUUCUGGGCUCACACAGGAAGAUGCACUUACAAAGGACUCUGGUGGUCCUGGCCCUACUGAACUUGGCCACAGUGAGUCUCUCUCUGUCCACUUGCACCACCCUGGACUUCGGCCACAUCAAGAAGAAGAGGGUGGAAGCCAUUAGGGGACAGAUCUUGAGCAAGCUCAGACUCACCAGUCCCCCUGAGCCAUCUGUGAUGACCCACGUCCCCUACCAGGUCCUGGCACUUUACAACAGCACCCGGGAGUUGCUGGAAGAGAUGAAUGGGGAGAGGGAGGAAGGCUGCACUCAGGGGAACACCGAGUCGGAGUACUAUGCCAAAGAGAUCCAUAAAUUCGACAUGAUCCAGGGGCUGGCGGAGCACAAUGAGCUGGCUGUCUGCCCCAAAGGGAUUACCUCUAAGGUUUUUCGCUUCAACGUGUCCUCAGUGGAGAAAAAUGGAACCAAUCUGUUCCGGGCAGAGUUCCGGGUCUUGCGGGUGCCCAACCCCAGCUCCAAGCGCACCGAGCAGAGAAUUGAGCUCUUCCAGAUACUUCGACCGGAUGAGCACAUUGCCAAGCAGCGCUAUAUCGGUGGCAAGAAUCUGCUCACGAGGGGCACUGCCGAGUGGCUCUCUUUCGAUGUCACUGACACUGUGCGGGAGUGGCUGUUGCAGAGAGAGUCCAACUUGGGUCUGGAAAUCAGCAUUCACUGUCCAUGUCACACCUUUCAGCCCAAUGGAGACAUACUGGAAAAUGUUCACGAGGUGAUGGAGAUCAAAUUCAAAGGCGUGGACAAUGAAGAUGACCAUGGCCGGGGAGACCUGGGACGCCUCAAGAAGCAGAAGGAUCACCACAACCCUCACCUGAUCCUCAUGAUGAUUCCUCCACACCGACUCGACAGCCCGGGCCAGGGCGGGCAGAGGAAGAAGCGGGCCCUGGACACUAAUUACUGCUUCCGCAACUUGGAGGAGAACUGCUGUGUGCGCCCCCUCUACAUUGACUUCCGGCAAGAUCUGGGCUGGAAAUGGGUCCACGAACCUAAGGGUUACUAUGCCAACUUCUGCUCAGGCCCUUGCCCGUACCUCCGCAGUGCAGACACAACCCACAGCACGGUGCUGGGACUGUACAACACCCUGAACCCAGAGGCAUCGGCCUCUCCAUGCUGUGUGCCGCAGGACCUGGAGCCCCUGACCAUCCUGUACUACGUCGGCAGGACCCCCAAGGUGGAGCAGCUGUCCAACAUGGUGGUAAAGUCGUGCAAGUGCAGCUGAGGCCAGCCUGCGACAGCGGAGGGAGAAGGGCCACCACUGACUGCUGCUCCUUGGGAAACCAAAGCGACAGACCUUGCUCUAGAGGCCUGGAGCCCACAAGCCCUGGCUCCUGGCGAAUGGCCGAGAGGGAGGCUUCCUUCUGGAACAUUUCUUUCUGCUAGCUCUGAGAAUCACUGUGGUAAAGAAAGUGUGGGUUGGUUAGGGGAAGGCAAACUCUUGAGAACAUGGCAUUUCUGUGGUGUGGACAGAGGUGGUGGGAUAGAGGAGAAGGAACAGUGAGUCGACGUGGUGUGUGGCAAUGGGACUCGGGCUACCCUAGGGAGGAGGUAGGGUAGCGUGGUUAGGUGAGGGCCAGAUUGGAAGGCUCUUCAGAUCUGAGGUCAGCUUUGUCCACUGAAGUACCAUAUCUGCUCUAGGGGAUCGGGAUGUUGUUUAGAGGAGGCAAGCAUUUUUUUUUUUUUUUUUAAGAUAGGUUAUCAAGACAAUGUCCCCCCAGAAUCCUAUUUUGCACUGCCUAGGAUUAAGGACAAUCUGUUCUUUUUGCAAACUGUCCUCUCACACCAAUCAUGAGUCAUGACAGAUAAUGCAAUUAGUUUCUGGACUAGCAACUAACUAUCUCGGGUCCCCUGGAGAUGCUGAACUCAAAAGCCAAGGUCAGAAUCUGGUCUCUUGUGUCUUCCCCUGGGGCCCCUCCUUUUGCCUCCUUCCUUGGUCAUAUUUCCCCGUGGACGUUUGGCUAGACACCUUCCAGGUCAGGGUUCACUCUCUGGAUUCUGGGUCCAUGCAGCCUGGGGCAUCAGGGAUCAUUUCCCUCUUACCCUCUUAGACUCCAUGCUCCCCUGGUGUUCCUGGAAGCAGGUGCUACAUGCAAGAGCAUCCAGGGAGGCUGCACGUGUCUGACACCAUGGCUUGGCCCCGGAUGCACAGACUGAGGUAUAAAGACAAACACAAAUAUUACUCUCAAAUCUUUGUAUAAAUAAAUAUUUUUGGGGAAUCAUGGAUGAUUUCAUCUUCUGGAAGGUUGCUUCUAGAACAGUAAAAACCUCAUUCUAAGGUCUAUGUUGGACUCCA